AUGAAACUGUUCGGAGUUCGUAAGGUUUGUUCUGAUAACUACCUCUGCACUGCAACUAACUUGUUAGGAACUGUGGUCAAACAAACUGUUUUAGUUGUGAUCUCCCUUCCUCAGUUUAUUGUAAAGCCACCGUCAAAAGUUACCGUGUUGAUUGGCGAAACGUUAACUUUGAACUGCAGCGCUACUGGCGAUCCUGAACCAGCCAUGAACUGGAAGAAACAAGAAGCACAACUUCCAGUUGGUCGGAGCCAGCAGGUUAAUGGUGGAUUAGUUAUCAGGAACGUUAAAAAGGAAGAUGCAGGGAAUUACAUCUGUGCUGCAACGAUUGCAGGAGUGUUUGACGUGGAAACUGUCACCACUAUUGAUGUUCUGCCUUCUAAAUGUAAACAAGGACUUCGUUUAUGUCUUUAUUACGAGAGAGGAUAAAGCCAAAGAGGGGAUGGGAGGGGGUUUGUUGGCCAGGUUAAUCUUAGGACGUACGAGCCAGCAUGGUAAAAACCGGGGGGAGACACGUCCCUUGGACCUUUGGAACAGUUACUGAAGAGAGGUGGCUCUUUCCAAAGUGAAUAAUUCUUAAGAAACGUUUUGCUCCUUAUAUGCAGUGGAAAGUCAUUCUAGAGUAACUUACCACCUUACCCCUCCUACCCUCCUUCCCAUAAGUCACAAUUUUGACCUUAGAGAGAAGUAAGUGUUAAUGUUGACUUAGGGGAAGGGUAUAUUUAGGUGGUCAGUUACCCAGAAACAUCAAUUGAUUCCUUAAAUUAAUAAAACAAAUGACAACCAAGUACCAGGGCUCCUUCAGGUUCAGCGGAGCCCAGAUCUGGAACACGUUUCCUCUGUACCUGAGGAGCGAGCAUGAUAUUAAUAAGUUUGCGUCUGGCCUAAAAAGGUACUUUGGAUCUAAGCCAAAUUGAGCCUCCACUACUUUUUGUAGUACUUAGUUGAACCAUUCUUUUUUAUCUUUAUUUGUCUUGAGUCUUGUUGUUUUCUUUUACAGCAGGACCCCAUUCAAACCAGCCUCGCUGAACUGGGUACCCCUGAAUAAAUAUUGUUUUAUUAAAACAUAAUAAAAUAAAAUAAAAUAAAUGAUACACCAACCUGAGAGCUAGAAGGCCUCAAAAGCUCCCCUCGGUCUGAAUAUAUAGCCGGCUAAUAAGAUACGAACUUGAUACUUUGUUAUUAAUAAAGCGUUUCUUAUUUAUCCCCCAAGAUUGCUCUGAUCUGCUAAAGUCAGGCUAUACUCAGAAUGGAGUAUACUCCGUAGAUCCGGAUGGAAGAGGCUCCUUUAAUGUAUAUUGUGACAUGGACACUCAUGGUGGAGGAUGGACCGUGUUCCAGAGAAGACAAGAUGGCUCGGUAGACUUUUAUCGCGGUUGGAAUGAUUACAAAUCAGGCUUAGGGCAGCUGACAGCUGAGUUCUGGUUAGGAAAUGACAAGAUCCACAGGCUGACGGCCGCUAGACCCAGCACUCUACGAGUGGAGCUAGAGGACUAG